AUGGCGCAAAGAACAACCGUCAGGACGACCUACGAGGUCGAGCGCACGUUGCAGCCAAUCUACUCUGGCGGAAGCAUUGCGCUUAGUGAAGAUGGGCGCAUCUUGGCCGCAUGUCUCGGCGAGGAGGCACUGCUCACACAUCUUUCGACCGGGAAGGAGUUGGGCAGGGCUGAGGGCGACGGCGAGGCCAUUACAUCGCUGGCUCUAACACCCUCCGCCUCGCACCUCAUUGUAUGCUCGCGCUCGCUGUCGAUGCGCAUCUAUGCUCUGCAACCCUCGGAAACGGACGACGAAACCAUACAAAUCGAGCUCCUUCGAUCGCUGAAGCCGCAUGCGGGCUCUGUAGUGACGCUAGCCGUGGACAGCACGGGCACCCUCGUGGCAACCGGCGGUGCAGAUGGCGUCGUCAAGAUCUGGGAUAUCCGCGCAGGCUACACGACACAUACCUUCCACGGCCAUGGCGGCGUUGUGUCUGCGCUCCACUUCUUCCAGGUCGAGGUGACGGCAAAAGACGACACUGCAGACAGCAGCAAGAAGAGGAAACGGAGCAAAUCCCAGCAGAGAUCGGACGAAGCCCAAGGCGAAGUCACGCUGGAGUACCGACUGGCUUCCGGUGCCGAGGAUGGCAAGAUCCGUGUUUGGGAUCUACACAAGAAGAAGAGCAUCGCUGUGCUGGACUCGCACGUAUCCGUUGUGCGUACGCUGCAGUACUCGUCGCAAGAGAAGGUGCUGGUAUCAGGAAGCAGAGACAAGACGCUGAUACUAUGGGCUUCGGCGAAAUGGAAGCAACAACGCACCAUUGCUGCCUUGGAAGGCGUUGAGAGCGCAGGCUUCCUCGCGAACGGACAAAUCAUAUACUCGGGUGGAGAACAUGGCAAUGUUCGAUUGUGGUCCACAGCAGCUGGCCAGGAGCUGACAGAAGAGCAAGAGCCAGGAAACGAGACGGAUGAGAUUGUCAACAUACUCCACUACGCCUCCCUUCCCUACCUGAUCUCGGUCCACGCUGAGCAGGUCUUGAACUUCCAUUCGCUGAAAUCAAUCGAGCUACCUUUCGUCGAAGAAACCAUCGAGCCACUCUCCAUAUUCCGGCGCGUAUCGGGUACACACGACGAAGUGAUUGACAUCGCCUACGUCGGACGGGACAGGUCGCUCCUAGCCCUGAACACAAACUCCGAGGACAUUCGUAUAGUCACUUUGAAAGAAGAUGCAGCUGAGGGGAGAUAUUUCGGUGCAGAUGUGGGCGUGCUAGAAGGGCAUGAAGACAUUGUCAUUUGUCUGGAUGUAGAUUGGUCAGGGCAUUGGCUAGUCACAGGUGCCAAAGACAACACUGCGCGACUAUGGCGACUGGACCCGGAGAACAACUCCUUCGAGUGCGCCGCUAUUCUCACCGGUCACGCCGAGUCUCUUGGUGCAAUCGCUCUUCCCCACACAGUGCCCCAAGAGUCCUCGGCCGCGUUCACAGACCCACUGUCUCACCCACCAGCGUACAUUGUCACAGGUUCCCAGGAUCGAACAGUGAAGCGAUGGGACAUCACCAAGGAUACAAAGAAGCUACGUGCAAAGUACACACGGAAGGCCCACGACAAAGACAUCAACGCUAUCGAUGUCGAUCCUUCUGGCACCCUCUUCGCAUCAGCAUCACAGGACAGGACAGUCAAGAUCUAUUCGGCAGCGGAAGGUGAAGCCGUCGGUGUCCUUCGAGGGCAUCGCCGUGGCGUCUGGACAGUCAAGUUCGCACCAAAAACGUCACAGGUUCCGAACUCUGGCAACAAGGGCCUGAUAGCCACAGGAAGUGGAGAUAAGACUGUCAAGAUUUGGAGCCUAUCAGACUACUCCUGCUUACUGACACUUGAAGGCCACUCUAACAGUGUGCUCAAGCUCGCAUGGCUACCCUAUCGACCCGUCGACGCGCGCGACAAGCGUGGCCCGCAGGUAGCAUCCGCCGCUGGUGACGGUCUUGUCAGGAUCUGGGACUCUGCUUCAGGUGAAUCCAUGUCUACACUCGACAACCACGAAGACCGCGUCUGGGCUCUCGUCGCACACCCCGAAACAGGCGCCUUGGUGUCUGGUGGCGGAGACAGCAUCAUCACUUUCUGGAAAGACACAACCACCUCAACACUGGAAGCCGCCACAACAGCCGAAACAGAGCGUGUAGAGCUCGACCAGAAGUUGCAGAACUACACAUAUUCAGGCAACUACCGUGAAGCCAUCACCCUGGCGCUACAGAUGGAUCAGCCAGGCCGCUUGUUCGCUCUCUUCAAGAGCGUUGCCGAGACAGAACAACCAGACGAGGGGAGCCUGUCUGGUCUCAACGCCGUCGACGAUGUCCUAGGAAACCUCGCGGACGAACAACUCUACAAACUCCUCCUUCGCCUGCGCGACUGGAACACAAACGUCCGAACCGCACCCGUAGCUCAAAAGAUGCUCUGGACAGUCGUCAAGUCGUAUCCUGCCUCGAGAUUGGCCAGCCUGAGACCAAAAGGCAAGGUCGGAGCCAAGGGCAGCCUGAAGGAUGUUCUCGAUGCGAUACGCGCGUACUCGGAGAGGCACUACAAGAGGGUCGAGGAGUUGGUGGACGAGAGCUAUCUCUUGGACUUUACGCUCAGGGAGAUGGACGAGGUGGGCGAUGUGAAGGCCAUCACGAAUGGUACGUCACGGCUGGAAUUGGACCGUGAUGUGGUCAUGGCGGAAUAA